AUGCUGCUCCGGAAAGGUACGUUUCCCGAGGUCUUCUCCUCAUUUGACUGUGAGCCAGAGGAGGCUCUGAAAAGGAUUGACAAUCUGAAAGAAAUGCCUUCUACUCCUUAUUGUCUCGAUAACCAACGGGAUCCUGUAUACUCGGCCAUUCCUUAUGCCGAUGACUCUCAUCUAGAUGUCCCUUUGACUCCCAUUCGUUGCCCUGAGAACCAUGCGAAAUAUUCUAUAGAUGCAUAUCCUAGUUUUAAAAAUCUUCCAGAAUCUUCUGAAGUCUUAUGCAUCCAUGACAUGCAAAAGGAUUCAAAUGAACUCGAUUAUUGCUCAGAUGACUUCUCUCCAAUUAGGUUAUUCCCUAAUGCAAAUCGAUCUUACCCAAGUCUUGCAUGUGACUUUGAACAGCUCACUUUGCAGUCCAAACAUGCCAACGUGGAUAGGAAAACAAUAAGCUCUCCUGAAGAUUACUUCUCUUUCUACAAUUCGAGCCUCAAACAUCAUCCACUAACGUCCCGGGAUUCAUCUUCCGAACCGUCUUUGUCUAUUCCGAGAGAUCGUGAUACAGUGCCCGGAAAAUCCACUGAUAAGGAAGAGGCUAUGCCUGUCGAAGCCAUCCCACUUCAGUCUGAGUUCUCUAACGCAUCUUUUACCGUUCAUCGUUGGCUAGAUGAACAUGGAUUUCUAACAACUCUCAGUCCGCAGCGCUCAUUGCCAGACACUACAUGGGACAACGGUGACACAAAUUCAAUUCGGCGUUCGUCUGGUGGUCGUUUACCCCUAUCCGGCUUGCAGGAGACUCUCUCGCCUCAUUAUUUCGAGUCCACACUUCUAUCUAAGGCUCCGUCUUCAUCAGCUAUCUCAUCUAAUUUGACGCACUUGCCUCCUGGCCAAGCGAAUGUAGAAAAUAUGCCACCAAGCGAAUCUAAGAUGGCCCUGCAGUCGGAUGAAGUAAUCUCUGAUACUUCUCUCUUUGCCUCACGUCCUACAGCUCCACCCGGUUACCUAUUCUCUCCUCCCACUUCAACCGAUACAGUCUCCUUGAUCCAGGCUCCCAUACUAUCUGCAGAUUGGGCUUUAGCUGUGCAGCUAUUGCUAUUGCUAUUAGAGCCAUCGCAUCGACUGCGUCUACAGAUCUUAGAAAAGUACUUUAGAGGGAUAGAUGAAGCCUGUCGGCGAGGCCACCGAGACGGCUCUAUUCAGGUGCAGUAA